AUGGUACAGUUGGGAAUGCUAAUGUUCUCCAACUCCAGGUUGGAGCCUCAGGACGUCCGUGGUCUCGGAGCGCCGCUCACCGCCCUUUCCUGGUGGAACCCACGCUGGCCGUGUCGCGCCCGCCGGGACCACGUCUCGGUGCUGAACCAGAACGCGGUGGUGCCGACUCCACUCUCCGGGCGACUGGAGCCCGCAGGCGACGCUCACCCCGGCUCGGGGCAGCAGGCGAGCGGCCGUGCGAGCGGCCACAAACCCAACGCUCGCUGCCGGCCGCAGCGGGGCGGCCUGAAGCCCCCAGUCCUCGGCCCCCGCGCAAGCGACGCCGGGAAAUGCCCACAUCCGGGAAACCCGCGGCGGACUGCGGCGGCGGCGGCGGCGGCGGCGGCGACACGGAGUGGAAGGCAAAAUGGCGGCGGCGGCGACGGCCUGGUGCUGAGGGGAGAGCCAGGUCCUCGCGACCCCGCGUCGGGCCGCGCUGGCCGGCCGCAGCCCCCCCGGCGUGUGUCCCCGCCCUGUCCCAUCCCGAACCCCGAGCGACCCCAGGGGGCCAGGGCUCGGGCCGCCGCGGCGCCGGCCUUGGGGCCCGCGGCCGCUGUCCGGGAGCCCCGCUGUCCCCGGCAGGUUAGUUACAUCGAUUGUAAAGGAUUUGAACAUUCCUGGGAUCAUCCUCUUUCACUUUUGCUUAGAAGGAAUCUCUGAGUCUGUGGGUUAGCUCUUGGAGAAGUGCUUCACGGGGGCCACAUAUAGAUGCUUUCAUG